AUGUGGUGGAGUAAGGGGGACAGGAGGAUGUGGUGGUGGAGUGGGGGGACAGAAGGAUGUGGUGGUGUUGGGGGUGGACAGGAGGAUUUGGUGGUGGAGUGGGGGGAGGACAGGAGGAUGUGGUUUUGUGGAGGGGGACAGGAGGAUGUGGUGGUGGAGUGGGGGUGGACAGGAGGAUGUGGUGGUGGAGUGGGGGUGGACAGGAGGAUGUGGUGGUGGAGUGGGGGGACAGGAGGAUGUGGUGGUGUGAGGGGGGAACAGGAGGAUGUGGUGAUGGAGUGGGGGGACAGGAGGAUGUGGUGGUGGAUAGGGGGACAAGAGGAUGUGGUGGUGUGGGGGUGGGGGGUGGACAGAAGGAUGUGGUGGUGGAGUGGGGAGGACAGGAGGAUGUGGUGGUGUGAGGGGGGACAGGAGGAUGUGGUGAUAGAGUGGGGGGACAGGAGGAUGUGGUUUUGUGGAGGGGGACAGGAGAAUGUGGUGGAUUAA